AUGAUGAUGAAGGGUUCCAAGAUGGUGGUGAACAUCAUAGUGGUGAUGAUCUUCAUUCUAGCCACUAUGAAUCCUGCUCAAAUUAGGGUUGAAGCUCGGAUACUCGCGGAGAAUUACUCGAAGGAGAAAGAAGAGAAUGGAGGUAAAAUGGAAGCGUUUGAUAAACCGAAGAGUAGUAGUAGUAGCAGCAGCAGCAGUAGCGGUGAAGGAGAGAUGAAGAUCUUACCAAUUCCACCAUUUCCACAGUUUCCUCCAAUAACACCAUUCCAAUUCCCACCUCCAUUUGACCUUCCUCCUCUUCCUAACUUCCCACCUUUCCCUAACCUUCCUCCAUUUCCUAAUUUUCCUUUGCCUCCUUUUCCUUUCACCCCUCCUUCUCCUUAA